UAGCCUUCCUCCCGACCGGCUGGGAGACGUUUGUGUCGGUAACGUGCUGCAGCCCGGAGCCGGUGCUGUGAUGGCCAGGGUGGCUCACUUCCUCAGCGGGUUUCCGGACACGGUGCCGUGUUACACCGUCAACCGGCAAUGUUCCUCCGGCCUGCAGGCUGUGUUCAACAUCGCAGGAGCCAUCAGGAGCGGAUCCAUUGACCUCGGCCUCGCCUGUGGUGUGGAGAGCAUGUCUCUGGGUGAGAUGGGGAAUCCAGGAGAUUUGAGCUCCAGGCUGACGGAGGUCGACAGAGCCAGAGACUGCAUGAUCCCGAUGGGCAUCACCUCAGAGAACAUCGCAGAGAGAUUCGGGGUCUCCAGAGAAAAGCAGGACGCCGUCAGCUCGCAGCAAAAAGCGGCCCGUGCGCAGAGCUUGGGUCUGUUCGAGCGGGAGAUCGUUCCGGUCACCACGCGGGUCCAGGACGCCGAGGGCAGCGAGCGCGUGGUGACGGUCUCCAGGGACGAGGGGGUCCGGGCGGGGACGACUGUGGCGGGACUGAGCAAGCUGAGGCCGGCCUUCAAACCGGACGGCACCACCACGGCAGGUAACUCCAGCCAGGUGAGCGACGGGGCAGCGGCCGUGCUGAUUGGACGCCGGGCUGCGGUCGAGGCUCUGGGUCUGCCGGUCCUGGGAGUCCUGAGGGCCAGCGCGGUGGUGGGGGUCCCCCCGGACCUGAUGGGGAUCGGACCGGCGGUCGCCAUCCCUGCAGCUCUGGAGCAAGCGGGACUCACGGUGGCCGAUAUCGACGUGUUUGAAAUCAACGAGGCCUUCGCCAGCCAGCCUUAUUCCAAAAUGGAUUAAAUUCAUUAUUUUCCUCAACAUUCUACACACAACAACCCAUAAUGACAAAGUGAAACCUGUUUUUUGCAAAUUUUUGCAAGUCUGUUAAAAAUAAAGAACGAAAACAUAACAUGUACAUAAGUAUUCACAGCCUUUGCCAUGACACUCAACAUGUAGCUCAGGUCCUGUUUCCACCGAUCAUCCUUGAGAUGUUUGAUUGGAGUCCACUUGUGCUAAAUUCAGUUGAUUGGACAUGAUUGAGAAAGGCACACACCUGUCUAUAUAAGGCAUCACAGUUGACAGUGCAUAUCAGAGCAUAAACCAAGCCAUGAAGUUCAAGGAAUUAUCUAUCGACCUCCGAGACAGAAUUGUAUCGAGGCACAGAUCUGGCGAAGGGUACAGAAAGAUUUCUGCAGCAUUGAAAGUCCCAAUGAGCCCAGUGGCCUCCAUCAUCCGGACAUGGAAGAAGUUUGGAACCACCAGGACUCUUCCUAGAGCCGCCCAGCCAGACUGAGCGAUCGGGGGAGAAGGGCCUUAGUCAGGGAGGUGACCAGGAACCCGAUGGUCACUCUGACAGAGCUCCAGCGUUGUUCUAUGAAGAGAGGAGAACCUUCCAGAAGGACAACCAUCUCUGCAGCACUCCACAAAUCAGGCCUGUUUGGUCGAGUGGCCAGACGGAAGCCACUCCUCAGUAAAAAGCACCUGAAGGACUCUCAGACCAUGGAAACCAAAUUCUCUGGUCUGAUGAAACAAAGAUUGAACUCUUUGGCCUGAAUGCCAAGCGUCAUGUCUGGAGGAAACCAGGCACUGCUCAUCACCUGGCCAACACCAUCCCUACAGUGAAGCACGGUGGUGGCAGCAUCAUGCUGUGGGGAUGUUUUUCAGCGGGAGGAACUGGGAGACGAGUCAGGAUUGAGGGAAAGAUGAAUGCAGCAACGUACAGAGACAUCCUGGAUGAAAACAUGCUCCAAAGCGCUCUGGACCUCAGGGGCGACGGUUCAUCUUCCAACAGGACAACGACCCGAAGCACACAGCCAUGAUAACAAAGGAGUGGCUUUGGGACGACUCUGUGAAGGUCCUGGAGUGGCCCAGCCAGAGCCCCGACUUGAACCCGAUUGAACAUCUCUGGAGAGAUCUGAAAAUGGCUGUGCACCGACGCUCCCCAUCCAACCUGAUGGAACUUGAGAGGUUCUGCAAAGAAGAAUGGGAGAAACUGCCCAGAAACAGGUGUGCCACGCUUGUGGAAUCAGACCCAAGAAGACUUGAGGCUGUAAUUGCUGCCAAAGGUGCUUCAACAAAGUAUUGAGCAAAGGCUGUGAAUACUUAUGUACAUGUUAUGUUUUCCUUCUUUAUUUUUAAUAAAUUUGCAAAAAACUGUU